GCGGUUCCGCCAAUCAGCGCAUCGCGUUUCCGUCGGCGCCAUCGCGAACGAUGACGUUCGCUCGCGGUCGCGCUGCGACAGUUUCGCGACGAGAUGUCCUCCGCAGUGGAGAUCGUCGGAGUAGCUCCGCGCCCCUCUCACCCUGCGACAAGCGAUCGCCGUCGUCGUCGUCUGGCGAGCGACGUUAUCCACGCCCGCCGCGACGACCGCGAUUCGUCGAUGGGUCGCUGGUUGCGCCGAUAAUUCGAUAAGAACAAAACGACGAGAAAGGGGUGGGAAAGACGCAUACAAGCGCGAAUUCGGGAGCGGCGCGCCCGAAUCAACGUGGCCUCGGCCAUCCUCGCGACAAGGCCGGCUGUUGGAAGCUGCACGAACGGACACGACGCCACCCGAUCCAACGCGACGCGAUCACGUGGCUGUCCGUCUGUCCCUCCGGCUGACCGUGUUUACUUUCGUUCGUUUAUUCGUUCGUUCGCUCGCUCGUUCGUUCGAUCCCGUAUGCACGUCCGUGAGCGCCGAAUUGACAAACAGUACGACGCGACGUCGGCGCGUUCAUCUCGCGCGCUCGGGAUGUAACGCCGUGGUUGUAUCCCACCGUUUUACUCCACUGGUAUCCAGAUGCUGUAUGUCGUCCACGUCGCGGAGGCAGGGAGACGGUGACGCGGUCAUCGAAGAUCGACUACGGUCGCUGGGAUAAAAGGAUCAAUAGAGAAAGGAAAAGAAGAGGACGAGUCCACCUAAAGGAGGGCUUCGAUGGAUCUCGUUUGAAGCCUCGAAGGCCAAGGCUGCCGCUUACGCCAAACUGCGAGGGAGAAAGAGAAAGAGGAAAUCGAGUGAGAUAGAAAUCGGAAUAGAGAAGAAAGAGAUGAGCUAUCUGACACGUGGGCGAACUCCGAAGACUCACAAGCUUGGGCGUCGCUAAAGAGAGAAGGAGAUAGACAGGCGAGAAAGAGAGAAAGAUAAAAAGAAGAUUAGAUCUAAAACACGUGAACGUUUUGCUUCCUUCUUAAAGUAUUAUCGUCCGAGGGGACGGUCGCGAAGCGCUGCGAGGGUGAUGCUCCUAGUGAGCGGAAGUGAGGAGCCCCAGGCGGCUUUUCUCCCUUCGUGCUCAUUCAGGGAGGAGAAGAACUGUAACAGGGUCGGUCCCUGGCCUGAGGGCUGCAGCUGCAGCUGAAACUGGAAGCGGCCAGCAGGGAGGAGUGCCUCGUGGUGCACGGUGGUGCUCCUCUAACGGCGGCUAGAAGGGAGUUAUGGUGUCUCGCGCAUGCAAUGCCUGUGGCCGCCGCAGCCGUGGCACUGUGGCAUCGUGCCCAUCUCAAGGUGCUCGCCUGCGUCGUCCUCGCGCUGAUCGCCGUCCAGUAUCUGCUUAGCGGCGGUGUGCUCGAUCGUCGAUCCAUCGAGACUAUCUUUACGAUCAACACGACCAGAUACGCGGAUCGCUCGUAUAGAACCCACCCGCGUGGCUUGAUCAUAUAUGGUCAAGCAACCGUUGUACCAAGUUUAGCCGCGGGUGGCAAUGUAUCUUCGACGACGAUACUCUCAAUACUGGCCAAGGGCCUCUCGAAUUCAUCCAAAUCCGAGCCGGUGCCGAUCAGAAAUCUGGUUGGCAGUGGAAUCACACGAGAGCUUCCGGUGGCGAACGCGACCAGUAACGCGACGAUCCCACGGUGUCCCCUCAUCCCACCGAAUUUGGUUGGACCGGUGAUCGUCAGUAAAUCACCACCAUCAUUGUCCGAGAUGGAAAAGUCACUCUUGGAGGUGAAAGCAGGCGGCAUAGGUCGGCCCGCAGACUGCGUCGCUAGGCAUCGCGUCGCAAUAAUCAUUCCAUUUCGCGAUCGACCGCAGCAUCUGCAGACUCUCCUCUACAAUCUGCAUCCAGUCCUACUGCGUCAGCAGAUCGACUAUCAGAUUUUCGUGGUUGAACAGGAAGGUACCGAGGCCUUUAAUCGAGCAAUGCUCAUGAACGUCGGUUAUGUAGAGGCUCUAAAGGAACGAAUUUUCGACUGCUUCAUCUUUCACGAUGUUGACCUACUUCCGGAGGACGAUAGGAAUUUGUAUACUUGUCCCGAACAGCCUAGACAUAUGUCAGUCGCAGUGGACAAAUUCAAGUACAGGUUACCCUACAAUGAUCUCUUUGGCGGCGUGUCCGCAAUGUCACGCGAACAUUUCCAGCUGGUUAACGGCUUUAGCAACGUCUUCUGGGGCUGGGGUGGUGAAGAUGACGAUAUGGCGAAUCGUAUCAAAGCCCAUGGUCUUCAUAUUUCGCGAUAUCCGGCAAAUGUUGCGCGCUAUAAAAUGUUGGCGCACAAAAAAGAAAAGGCCAAUCCGAAGAGGUACGAGAACCUGAAGACAGGCAAAAAAAGAUUCUCCACUGACGGGUUAGCUAAUCUGCAGUACGAAUUGAUUGACAAGCGGAAACCGAAGCUGUAUACAUGGCUUUUAGUGAGACUGACGCCACCUCAGCCCAGCUGAUGGCUACCAUGGAUCGGUUGAAGGCUCCUGCACGCCAAGCUUCCUAGCGAGGUCAAUGCAAUUGUGUUACGAAAACGCGAUCCUGGAGCUCGCCGCUCUUCAAAAAAGCAAGAUUAAAUACGAGAGACAUUUCCGUGAAAUCUGUCAGAGAAACAUGAAGACGUUUUCUGAAAAUACUCCUGGAAAUGUUAGAAUUCCGAUUCAUCGAUGAAGAGACGAGAUCCUGAAUGCACCGGCCAUUUUUAUCCCUAACUGAUCUAGCUGCAGAUAUUUUUGGCCAUCCAGUAAAUAAUUAUACAUAAUUAUGGCCCAAUGGAGGGAAGUAAUAAGCUCGAAUGAGAAUGAUGAACAAUUAAUGAGAAAGACGAGAAUAAUUAGGAACGCUUCGUAAGAUUGCAUUAUUCUCAAUUAGGAGUUAUUUCUAUAUUGACACGCUCUUUCUGUAUUCUUGAUUUUAUUUCAUCGAAAAUUGUUUUCAAUAUCUUUUUUCCGGUCAAAAAUUAGUAAAAUAAAAGACUAAAUUCGAAUUAUCGUUUGCUUACUGUGUUAUUCGGGAAGAGUCCUAAAAUGAAAAAUUACUGGGCGUAUAGGAGGUGCAGAAUCAACAAAAAAUGAUUGAAACGCAUUAGUGGUAGGGAUAGGAAAAGAAAUGAUGCUUCCACAUCAGGGAUUCGAGUAUCUCGCCGCUGCGUGAGGGUCUCGUCUUCAGUUUUCCUUCCUCUCACGGAGGGGGCGUUGUUACGUGAUAUAUUUUUAUUCCUCAUAUUUUUUUAUUGCGACGAUAGGUUAGAGAGCGAGUAGAGAGUAGCAUAUGAGCUGACGUGCCAAAGGAAAGUGUACGUGAGUAUAUGUGUGUAUGUGCGUGUGCUGUGCGGAAGAAAGGAAGACGAGAGAAAGCAGGAAGAGAACAGCUAAGAGGACGAAGAAGCUUCAAUAUCCUUCUUAGAGCCAUGGCUACCGAGUCAUGAUAUUAUAUACGCAAAGCAAGCUGUCGUCGCUCGAGGGGACUUUAGAGAGCUUCCGCUUUUACGGCUUAUACAUCGUAUCCACCAAGGAGCGAUCAUCGUGCAUGAUAAAGUCUCGUUAGUGAACAGAAGGGAAUAUCCAAGCAGUAAAGAUCUGAGAGAUCGUACGAUGACCUAUUAAUAAUAAUAAAUCAGCCGUAAUCCUUUUAAAUUUUAACGUGAUUCAAGGGUGUACUUCCAAUCUUCGAACCCUUCCGCUAACGGGGCACCAUUCUACGGUGCUAAAGAUAGAGACUGGAUUAGAGUAUAUAAUGAGGGGACAGAAGGGUGAAUAAUAAUGUCAUGGAUAAAGUUUCUUCUAGGGUUAAUUGUGCAAGAUGUAAUGUGAGAAGUUUCGAAUCGCUUUUCAAGGUCGCGUAUUAUUCGUUAACCCUUGAUCCCGAGCAUGUUCUAAAUUUGUAAUUCAAUCAUUCGUGACGGGAUCGAAGCAUAUUUUUUUACAGGGCUGUAAAUUAUCAAUUGGCUUCGUUGCAAGGGGAUUGAUUUCUUGAUCGAUAUAAGCGCGAGCGGCUGUGUGAAACGGUACUUAAUUGUUUAUCAUUUGGUGAAGAAGCAUCGAGUGUAAACAUGUGUUUGCGUUUGCUCGCAUAUAUUUAGAUAUGAGAGAGAAAUUGUUAGCUUCAUGAAAGAUAAAUAUGCUUCCAUAUGUUUAUUUUAUAUAUUUAUGGAAUAAGAACUGGAAACUUCUUCCAUAGACGACUUUAUUUCCAAGUUUACUUGCACCAAUAUCAAUGAAAAUUGGAAAAGUUUCUUUUCCAAGAAGAGACUGUUUCUAACUGAUGUCGGCUAAGUUUAACUUCUAAACUAUUGCUGUCUAAACUAUCUCUUUACAGAACUAAAACUAAAAAGAAUCAUUUAUUUGAAACAAAAUUGACCUUAAAAUAGUUGGAAAACCUUAAUAAAAAAAUCGUUGACGACAGGAGAUACAUUAAUUAAUUAUGAUUUAAGAGAUUAACAGUAAUUGAUUAUUCGAUUUACUCUUAGAAUCGGUGAUUAAUUAUACAAUUAUUUGCAUGAUAUACCUACUUAAUACAUAUAUCAUAAAUCGUAAGAUUCAUCUGGAUAUACGCGAGCGUAAAGAUUUAUAUGCGGAGUGAUAGCAAAUGCAAUCAAGAGACGUAGGAUACACUAACAUAUCAUGUCCUGUCAUAGACACAUGUAUGAAAUUUUACUGUGCUGUGGACGAGCAUACUUAAGCGUUAAACGCAAGCGAGAACGCGGGCUGUGAAUAAUGCAUCUUUUUGCGGAUGAACGAAUCAUGAGAAGGAACAGGACAGUAAUUCGACUUAUUGCGAUGACGGGGAGACGCUAUUAACAUCCUUUUCCGCAUCGCGCAUUAGCGAUCAAUACCUUAUUCAUCCCCUUAUUUCAGAGCUCUCUGAAUCCAUUCUUUGACUUUCCGAAGUUUUU